AAAAGAACAGCUUCAAAGGAUUCUGGAUGCAGGCCCGUGCAGCGCCACACCGAAUUCAGCCUUCCCUAGACAUUCUGCUGAGAUAGGGAAGUCAUUGCAUCGGCAUCGUGCGCGCUUCCACUCUCACCGUUCAUGUAUGCUUUCACGAUAACGCGAGGCCGGCCGCCUAACAACAACCAUGCUGGUCACCGUCGCAAGCCUUGCUGUAGGUCUUCCUUGUCAUGAUGGUGUGUGUGUGUGUGUGCUUGCCUCCCUUGCCAUGGUCUACAUCGACGUUAACUGGAGCGUUGUUGGAGCAUGUAUCUUCAAUGGAGUCCAGAUCCGUCGACGGCAAGCCGACACACUGUUCUAACAGUCGUUAUCCUCAGUGUCAGAUCGUCAUCGACUUGGCGGUUGCGAGCCAUCGCGACGAUCCAUGUAUGCACGGCUGUCUGCGGCUCUGCCAUUGCAGGUCAUUUCCGUCCCCUUUCAGGUUUUUCGGCAUGCCAGCCUCCGCAAUAGUUGCUCGCCGUGAACCUUGCUUGUCCCUUUCUUCCGCGUGCCAAUAGUACCUCCCUGAGAUGAAGCAUAUGAAAGUGUGGAUGGGUGCGUUUGGAGAUCGCAACACGCUGCAGUCUGGGAUGGCAGCCACUGGCUGGAGCCGAGGGGAGCCCGGGUGUGGAGGAGAAGGGUCCGGGCCAGGCAUGGAGUUGUAGCCGGUCGGGAAGUGGAGCGGGGCAGGACACCGCGAGCUGCGUAGAGGCUGCUUGGCCGUCCUGAGCCCGCCUUGCCGCGACCUCGUGGAGGGUGGAUCUGAUCGUGGGCCCCUCGUGGUGUGUGCGGUCGGCGACUACCUGGCGCGGCCCCCUCGUAUUGAUAUGCCGCUGUCGCCGAGUGUCUGGGUGCGCCCCCGCCGCGUGGCCUCGUCGCCUCUGCAGCGGCCGCGCUGGUCUGGUUCCUGUGGUGGCGCUGUUCUCGGCUCCCAACGAGGCCGGCCAGGGCCCCCGAGCAGUCCGAGGUACGCAGGCGCAGGCCAGACCUGUGGCGGAGCGGGCUGCGGCACGACGCGGAGGGCCGCCGAGGGGGCGAAACUGCAGGGCGUGAUUGCGGAGAGCGCCACGGAGGAUGGCAAGCCCGUAAUCGCGCAAGGCGUGGACGAGGCUCACAAGACGGUGUUCUGGCGAAGCUGCAGUUUGCCAACGCCGAGGAGAGGAUGAGGAUCGGUGUGGACAGGUGCGGCGGUCCCGGUGGCACAGAU